AUGAAAAGUUACGAGGAAGCGACAAGAAUAAUAAUCGUGUUAUCUUACGCGACAUCGUUCCGUUAUUACCAGAAUAUGAAAAAAAGUUUGUCGAAAUUCUUGCUCAGCUGGAUCUAUAAUGUUAUCUCGUUCUUCACGUACGUCUAUUUCAUAUUCUAUCUGGAAAUAUAUAAUUUAAGCAGCAUGCCGUAUAACAAAGAACGAAUCAUGUACACGUUUCUACUUUUCAUCUUUCUCUAUGGAUACGUAACUAUAACAAUAAUGGGUUGGUACAAAUCGAAGGAUAUAAUCGUUUUACGAAAUCACAUCGACCAAGUGGACGAAAAUUUGAAGGAAAUUGGGAUUGAAAUCGAGUAUCGAAGCAUGCACCGUAAAGUAAAGAUCACAGGAUUGAUAUGGUUAAUCCAUUGGAUUAUAUUAAUAGGAUUAUUCUCGAACUUCUUAUUAAAAUACGAAAAAAUAAUAUCCGAAAUAAUUGUCACAUUCUCUUACGUUCACAUGAUAAAUAUCGAGUCACUCGUUUUGUACGACUACGAUAUAUUCAUAUAUUGGCUAAAAUUAAGAUUCGAACAGACGAAUCAACUGCUCGCAACGACUCUGUCGGUGAAUGAUGGAACGAAAAUGGAGAAGGGAUUGAAGGAGGACGAGAUCCUCGGGUCGAAUCCUAAUUUUAAGAAUAGAUCUCGACUGAACAGUUGGUCGUUGGAACGUUUUUUACUCGGCUCCCAAAUAUUUCCUGUGAACCACGUUCCAAAUUUGAAACAGGAAUCCGACGAGAAAAUUCAUCUGGUUCAACAAAUUAGAUCGGCGCAAUUGCAACUUUCCAAUAUAUCGAAAAUGACGAACAACGUUUACAACGUGCAAUUAUUGACGUAUACGUUCAUAAUUAUGAUUUACAUAAUAAUACAUGCAUAUUAUAUAUACGUAGAGAUCCCAAGAACGACCGAUAUUAAAAAACUGUUACUGACGAUGAUGAUAUUUGUAUGGAAUAGCUUUGGAAAUUUUAUGAAGAUAAUUUAUGUAGCCUAUUAUUGCGAAUGUACAAUAAAUGAGGCUAAAAAAACAAUAAAUAUUAUUCACUCAUAUCCCUUGGACGAAAAAGAUAUUGAAUUAAAAAACGAGUUUCUCCAAUUCUGUUUUCAAAUAUCGUACACACGACUUGAAAAAUCAAAAACGAUUGAUUAUAAAAUCAAUUAUUCUUACAUUCGCCAUUGCAUAAGUUUCAUGUUGUCUUACGUUAUUAUCAUGAUACAAUGGAGCCAAAAUUCAUCGAUAAAAAACGACAUUUCAAUGGAAAAUGUGACGAGUUACAAUUUGAGCAACGUUCAAACGACGAAUCAAAGUUUGAUCGACGUUCGAAUAUAAUUUUUCAUACUUGUCGAUUAAUAAGAUUAUAAAUAAAACAAUAUAUAAUACGCAAUAAAAAACAGUGAAUACUAAA